AUGCGCUCUAUCUUCGUGGCACUCACAGCCGCCCUUCAGGCGACUGUGAGUAUCGCUUCCAGCUUGACCCCUCCAGUUCUGCCCUUGAUCGUGCGAAAUCCAUAUCUGAGUACCUGGCUGGGCAAUGCCCGGGAUGAGCCCUGGUCCAAAUGGCCCAUCUUCUACACCGGAGAAGAAUUGGGUUUGUCCCUCAUGGCACAUGUUCCCAGCACAGGCGCUGUGUAUCCUUUACUAGGCAAGCCUCAUGAAUCACUGUCGGGAUCGUCGCAAAUCGAGUAUCCAACCUAUCUCGGAGCCAACUACGAUGCCUCCACCACUAACUUAACGUAUCGUCUCGAUUCUGCGACGACCACGGGUCAUCACUCGCUUGAGAUUCUCGUAUCCUUCCUCUCUCCUAUCACCCCGACAUCGACUCUGCGGCAGUCGAUUCCCGCCUCCUACGUGUCAGUUCAUGUCCAUGGCAACGCAAGUGUAAAUGUAUACAUGGAUAUUAAUGGGCGCUGGGUGAGCGGAGACGCGGGCAGCCAAAUUACCUGGCAAUACGAUGGAUAUGCCGCCGAGGACAGCAAGCCAGUACUACGCAGAUGGCGUCUCAAGCGGGAGUCUGAGUUGCUGCUAUCAGAAAUACGAGACCGCGCAGAAUGGGGUACUCUGCAUUUCACUGGUCCUGCCGGUGUCCAAUAUCAAUCCGGAGAGGCCUCUGCCGUGAGAAGCAUCUUCUCAACUCAGGGUGUCUUGGACAACGUCAACGAUGAUGCUUUUCGAGCCAUUGGCGAUCGGGAGCCGGUCUUCGCCUUCUCCAAAUCUUUCGUCCUCUCGCCCCAGGAUGGCCAUACAAGUGACAGUGUGACCUUUACCCUCGCACUGAUCCAGGACCCGGUUGUCCAGUACGCAUCCGCACGCGGGUUGACCCUAAUGCGCCCCCUGUGGGAGUCGUGGUUCGCCAGUGUCGAGGCGCUGCUUAGCUUUCAUUACAACGACUUCUCCCAUGCAAGCCGUCUGGCUUCCAACUACUCCCUUCAGCUGGCAAAAGAUGCCUACCAAUCAGGGGCUCAUGACUAUGUCGACAUAGUGGCGCUCUCCGCGCGCCAGGUCAUGGGCGCAACUACUUUCGCCGGAACUCCAGACGACCCAAUUCUGUUUCUGAAGGAGAUCUCCUCUAACGGCAAUUUCCAGACCAUUGACGUGAUCUUCCCGGCGUUCCCCUUCUUCUUGUACACCAACCCGCGAUGGCUCGCGUAUCUACUGGAGCCCUUGAUUGAGCACAUGCUGAGUGGACAGUAUCCCAAUACUUACGCUAUGCAUGAUCUGGGGACGCAUUUCCCCAACGCCACGGGCCACCCAGAUGGGAAUGACGAGUAUAUGCCGGUGGAAGAGUGUGGUAAUAUUCUCAUUAUGGGCUUGGCGAUUGUCAACUCCCUUCGCUACUCGGAGGAUACUGCUGCAACAUCCAUCUGGUCUACACAGGGCGAAUCUCCUGACUUGCCUGAAGAAAGCCAAGGCAAAUUCCCUCUGGUCAAUCUUCAGAUGCUUGAUGGAGUUGACCACCAAGAUGGCAAAUGGGGUGGUGGAACGCAAGGCGAGCACUUGGCUGAGAAAUGGAUCCAGCGUAGCUAUCGCCUGUGGGACCAGUGGACGGGCUAUUUGGUGGAGUUCUCCCUUGAACCUGCCAACCAACUCUCCACGGACGACUUUGCCGGUUGGCUUGCUCUGCAGACCAACUUGGCCUUGAAGGGUAUCAUCGGCAUCAAUGCGAUGAGUAAGUUGGCCGAGGUGGCCGGCUACCAUACCGAUGUCACCUAUUACAAGAACAUCUCGGAUACCUACAUUGCCAGGUGGGAGGAAUAUGGCAUGUCUCGAGACAAGACUCACGCCAAACUCGCUUACGACUGGUACGGAUCAUGGACGACAAUCUACAACCUCUAUGCCGACGCACAGCUCUGCUUCCACCUGGAGGGAACAGACAUCGCUCCCCGCCCUUCCUCAUCCAAUAAGAUUGGUCAAAAGCCUCUCACGCCUCCCUCAAACACCAAGAAGCACGGCUUCGUCCCACGCCACAUCUACCAGCGACAAUCGAUCUGGUAUCAUAACGUCCGACAGAAGUACGGCCUUCCCUUGGAUAGCCGCCACCUUUAUACCAAAACAGACUGGGAGUUCUUCGCUAUGGCGGUCGCCAGCGAGGACGUCCGCAGCGAGAUCCUGGAGUCCGUUGCCAAAUGGGUCAACGAGACGGUGACCGAUCUCCCUUUAACCGACCUGCACAACACCGAGGGCAAGGGCGAAUUUCCCGGCCCCAACUUCUACGCUCGACCCGUCAUCGGCGGUCAUUUCGCCUUUCUGGCUCUGCAGCGGGCCUGCGGCGGACAAGCAAUGGUUGGGCUAUCCUUCCUCGACGGCACAGAGCCCGACUCGUUCUCGACCAAUACAUUGGCCGAGUGGGAAGCGGCGGCGGCUCGGGCGGUUAAGGAACUCGGGAACCUGGGGAACGGCGAUGAGUAUUUGCGCGCGGAGCUGUAGCGGGGACCUCCUUCAUUCCUUCUAGUCUCCCUUACAUAUAGACGCUUGACUCGCGGCAGCGGCACUAUAUUUGGAGAUGGUUGGUACAAUCAAGCUUACUGGUUUUUAUCAGAAGAGAGCUUCCUGUCAUUGACGUCCACUACCGCUUUGGCAUAGUUCCAGAUUCUAGACAAUCCGUCCACGCAAGUGAGAC